CUUUAUUAUGGGUCUACAUUUUUUUUUUCGAGAGGGAAGGUGGAUCGGAAUGUCAAUGAAUUUGUGACCUUCGCAUAAGGAUGAAUUAGGGAGAUUUGGCCAGUCUCCAAGAUCAGGACUACGUGACCACUCCUAUCGAAAUGUUUGGAAACCAUGACACUUUCGACGGAAUGCCAUCGUUAUUUCAUGCGCACACACGAAAAUGUCAGCGCAGCAACGCGAGAAGGGACGCUGCCUGCCAGGACAAACACCAAGAACCGGCCGACGACAGGAGCACACGGCGCAGGACGCGAUCAGGAGGAAGCUGUAUGGGUCCAGCGCCGCGAAGGUUCCGCACCGCCACAUAGCGACACACUCGCUCUGCGUCAGGCAUUCAGUGAUUCCCAUCUGGAGAAGAGACUGCAGCUCUUACUCCCUCAUCUUAGUCCCCUGCCAGACCACAGCAGGUCCAAAUUACUGCUCCGUCGAGGGCGACGGGUGGAUGCUUGUGCCGAGCGGUUUCAGAGUGGUCAGAUGUCUUUAAAGUCACGCCCUCUAACUAGCAGUAGUGACCAAUGAGGGCGGCGUGCCCAAAGCGUAACCACCGUACUGACCUGAGCCACGCCUACAUGACCUCUGACUACCACCUUGACCUGUAUAAUCACUCUACUUCGAGUCACGAUCCCGCUCGGACGCUGCCUCCUUCCGGGGGGCCCUCCACCUUUCCGUGCCCGGGCCUCUACUUCUGGAUAACCCAGCCGCUGUAACCUCCGUCUACGCUACGGUACCAUUAACAUUCAUCUCAA